AUGUCUACGCCGCCACGGAUCCGCCGGCUAGAGCAAGGUGGUGCAUCAUCCAUGGAAUGCCCUCGAUGUGGGUCCAUUAACACUAAAUUCUGUUACUACAAUAACUACAACAAGACUCAGCCUCGUCAUUUCUGCAAAGCUUGUAAGAGGCAUUGGACUAAAGGUGGUACUCUCAGAAACGUACCCACAGGAGGAUCAAGACCCACCCGCAAAACUAAGAGGCAGCAGAAGAAGUCCAAGGCCACCGCCGCCGCCGCUGCCCCUGCCGCCACCAAUAUCAUAACCCAAAUUCCUGAUAAUCCUCUGCCACCUCUUUCUGAAUUUCCCAACCAGUCAUCAUCAUUGUUAGAUCAUUUCGGAAGUCUAAUGGAUGCUAAUGGCCUUUUCGAGUUAUGCCAACAACAAUUCAGCUUCUCAAAUAAUAACCCAUCUAAUUUUGAUCAAUCUUCAUCAGAUACUUAUAACUAUGCAGCAGAAAAGAUUAGUACUGGUUCGGUGGUGGAGGAAUAUUCAAACAUGUCUCACCCAUGGCCAAAUUGCUGGAAUUUGGAAGACAUAGAUACUUUGGUUUCUUCUCAUGAGCUUAAUAUUCCUAAUUGGGAUGAUGAACCCCCAUUGCUAUAA